AUGAAGUCCAAGCCACUGUUGUUUUUUUUCCCUCCACCAUGUACCCUGGAUUUGUCAAUCAGGUGUGUAACAGUUCAGUUUUUUGGAUUAUAACUGUCUAAUACCUUUCCUUGAGAAUUAACAUUACAUGGUUUUAAAGUCGGAAAAAGCUAUUUAGCCUAAAAAGAGUGACUUGUUAAACAAGUAUUUGGUGAUACAUUGUGAUGCUGAUUGCUCUCUGUACCUUCUAAACACGUGAUUUAAUAACACACCCACUCAGUCAGUUCUCAUACUGACUGUUCCUCCUUACUUGCUCCAAAAUGUUAGGCGCCAUGACGACCAAAAUGGUCGCAACUUGGAGGGUUGAUCUUUUAUAUUUUAUUUUCAAAUUAGAAGACUUGUGGGGACAAGAUUGCUUGUCUGCUGUGGCGAAAAAAGCAGAGAUGAUAAAUGGAAGCCAUUGCUAUUGUUUUUUUCUGAUUUUGAAGGCACUUUGGAUUGA